UUGACCCAAAAAUGUCUGACAAGACUGAUCAGAAUGAAUUAUUGUCUAUUCUGUUUGUUACGUCGGGAACCAGGGGCGAUCGACUUCUUUUUAAAUAUCCCUUAGACACACAAUUCCGGAAAGCUUCAGGAAAAGGACGACCUAAGAAUCCAUAUGCUGUUCAGGUUUCCGAAGAUUUCAAAGGCCUCAAAGAGCAGUUAACCAGUAGCGAUGGGAUCCUAGCAGGACUCUCAGAUGUUACACUGGCUAAUUUUCUUGGAGUAAAAUCUGUUUUAUGCGGCCAGAAGUUCAAUGUAAAAAUAGAGGACUUACGGUUUGUUGGCUUUCCCCUGCUGCUGGAGGAAGGUCCGGACAAAUCGGGGGCAGGGAACAAGUCUGGACACAAGAUCCUUUCCUUCAACAUCAUGUUUGUGCUUCAGGCUAGCUUUGGUCCGUGGGUGGUGUCGUGUUACCAGGACCUGGCCCAGCAGAUCACUGUGGCCUUACGUCAUGAGGAACGGCGCUGUCAGUACCUCUCUACACAGGCCAAAGUCAUGACCACUGUACACGAUGAGGUCACUUCACUUCCAGAAGACAUGAUGUCCUCGCCAUAUGAGAUCAUCUUGCAAAAAAGUGAACUGGCAAAACAACUUAGCAAUAUAUUUGAAAGCAUGAACUACCAGGGCCUGGCCCACUUCUAUGUCAACAACUGGAUUGAGGUGAAUUUCUGUCUCCCAUACAAGCUCCACUACCUCCAGGCUGGAUAUAAACCUUCCAAAAAAGAGCCAGACUAUUAUACUAAGUGCCUUAAAUCAUUGAGGCCAUACCAUGGAUUGCUAUUGCUCCAAGAUGAGCAGGCAUUGCUAGAUUCACUGCCAAUAGACUGUACCCCUGCCCUGGCCCGCCUCAUUCAGGUGGCCAGCCCUGUACGCAGUCUCCAGACCCUGGCACUAGAGGCAGACCUCAGUCUUUUCCAGGUGUUUCAGCUGGUAUGUCACCUGGUGUACUGGGCAAAGGCUGUGAUUAUCUACCCUCUGUGUGAGACAAACAUCUAUGCUCUCUCUCCUAACGCUAACACACAUGUAUUGUCAAAGCUAGUUGAUGAGUUUACCCAGCAGUUCCCGGGCCGGUCUCUGCCUGUCCAGUUGGCAGAGUUCUCCUUCCCCACCACCCUCCGGGAGACACAGACUGCUAUCAGGAUGCCCGGCAGUACGGACCUGAUGGUUCAGAUCGUGAUCUGGAUGCUGCAGCACCACCUUCUCAUUCAGCUACACACGUACAUAUUCUUUGUGCCACCCGUGAAGGCUCGAGGACGUAAGGGUUGGGCAGAGGAGGCACCCAGGAUUCCUGAACUGCAGGACCGGUCUGUGAUAGAGGGAGGCCUGCAGCGGUCUCCUAGCUUCUCAGAUGCUGCCUCAGUUACAAGCGACGAGAGUAUCACUUUGAGUACCCCGGGGAUGUUGGUUGCUCAGAUGUCGAAGUCCCCAUCAACAGAGUUUACUGUGGAUGGCUCCACCUCCCUCUUGUCAGAGGAGAGUAAGGCCUACUGGCUCAUGCAAGAGUCUGUGUUUUCGGACUUAUCCAUGGAGGAGAAGGACUGCAUAUUGAAAGUCCCUGCCGCCAAAAACCUGGAUGACCUUCGCAUGUUUGCCAGACUAUUUCCAUAUUUCUGUGGAAAGAGCCAUAUUGAAGAAGUCAUGUACUUUGAGAAUCUGCGACGGUCCCAACUCAUAACAUUGAUAGAGAAGUUUAAGGAAGUUCUCAUACUGUGCACAUAUAAGGACCCCGUGUCAUGAACUUGACUUCUAAACAGGGAAUCAUUUGUAGUACUGAGAUGAUCAAGGUUAUGGAACUUGACUUGUGAACAGGGAAUCAUACAAUGUACUGAGAUAAAGCAGUGUCUGAAGCAUCACUGGUUAACAGGCAACCCAACAAAAAGUACUGAGAUGAACCAGUGUCUUGAACUUUCCUAGUGAACAGGGAACCAAACAAACAGUACCGAGUGAACCAGGAUCUUGAAUAUUUCAAGUGAACAGACAACCAAACAAACAGUACUGAGUGAACCAGGAUCUUGAAUAUUUAUAGUGAACAGGCAACCAAACAAACACUACUGAGUCAACCAGGAUCUUGAAUAUUCAAAGAGAACAGGCAACCAAACAAACACUACUGAGUGAACCAGGAUCUUGAAUAUUCCAAGAGAAUAGGGAACCAAACAAACAGUACUGAGAUGAAGCAGGAUCUUGAAUAUUCCAAGUGAACAGGGAACCAAACAAACACUACUGAGUGAACCAGGAUCUUGAAUAUUUCAAGGGAACAGGGAACCAAACAAACAGUACUGAGAGAACCAGGAUCUUGAAUAUUCCAAGAGAACAGGGAACCAAACAAACAGUACUGAGAUGAAGCAGGAUCUUGAAUAUUCCUAGUGAACAGGCAACCAAACAAACAAUACUGAGUGAACCAGGAUAUUGAACAUUUCUAGUGAACAGGGAACCAAACAAUCAGUUUUUAGAUUAAACAGAGUCUUAAUCAUUUUUGGUGAACUUGAAAGGAAACCAAGCAAUAUGUACUGGUACCGAAAUCUUCAAGAUACAGCAAUGCUACACUGCAAUUAUGCCUUCUCACAUUGUAGUGUAGGUCUUUGCAAAAUGACAGUGAAUCAUUGAAAGUGACCAAAGGUGCUUUGAUAAUACAUAUGCAUUGAUUUAAACACUGUCUACUUAAGUGAAAAAAGUUAAAAUAAUCCAUGUAAACGUUGAAACUGUGUCAAUAACUCACCAAGACAUUAUACUGGCUUGCCAUACAGAAAAUUUCUGCAGCUUAUAUAUAAAACAGGUUAAUAAGUUUGGUUGAUGAUAUCCAAAAUGGUCAAUAUUUAUCCAAUAAUUACUGUUACUAGUAACCAAUCCAAUUAUAUAAAUCUGCAAACUCGCCAAAAGAUAACCUGUGGACAACUUCUUUCAGAUUUAUACAAUUGGCUGCUGAAUAUUGCCAUUUUCAUGCCACAAAUUGGCAAAGUUUUGUUCUCAAAUUAAAUUUACUUGGAGGUGCCAUACAAUGAAUACUGUUUAUGUUGUUCUGAACCAGACGAUGGGUAGUUGGCUUAUGCAGACAUAUUUUUAUAGGACAAUCCUAACAAAAACAUAAGGCUAAGGUUGUCUCGCUAAAAUAUUUCUACUGUCUUACAUGGCGAUAAUGUUUCACAAAAUAUGUCAGUCAAUUUUUGAUGGUACUUGCAUUUCUAGUUUAAAUAGUAAAACAUUUCUAACUAUGUUCGGAGAGUUGAAAUACAAAACUAGAUUAGUAGAAAUUCUGCAAAUCCAAUAUGUCCCCUGUCAGGAGCACAAAUUUAAUACUAUUUUUUUAUGCAACAAAGUUUCAUAUGAAUUUAAUACCAUUUUGUAAUACAUGGCAAACAAUUGUAAAAUAUCACAUUAUAUCAUUGAUUGCAUCUAUUCCUAACAUAUGUCAAGAAAAACAUGAAAAAAAGAAAACAUUUGAGAUAAAUAUAGUUGUUAUGCUUUUGCUAGGUCAUUUGCGCAAAUCAAACGUUGCUUAAUGAAAGGAUAUAAUCGAAGCGUGGUCCCGAUUGUAUGCUAUUGCCGACUGAAAUUCACAAUGUGAAUUAGAUGAUGGUUUGACAUUCAUUGGCCAUUACUCAUAAUACACAAUGUGAAGUACUUGUUUAUAAAGAAACCCAAAUGAGCUAUUAUCAACAUACCAUGUUCAACCCACUUGCUAACAAUUGGAAAAGUAAUGUUUUGAGUUUGAGGGGAUGUUCAAAUUGAUUUGGUUCAAAUUUUAGAGCCGCAAAUAGAGUUAAAAGUGUGAUCUGACUGUUGAUCAAAUUAAGUCACAAUAUUAUUCCCAUACACAUUGAAGAAAAGGUUGGUAAAGAUUGGAUAAGAAUUAGAGUUGACAAAGUGAAAUUGGUGAACAUUUGCCUCUGGAUUUAUUUGUUUGAUGUGGCUGUUGAUCGAACUCGUCCAACAUAUUAUAUAAAUAAGCAUUGUAAUCCAGUUUUGUCAUGAUGGGAUAACAAAUGAUGAUGUUAGGGAGUGGGCAAAAAAGUGUGACUCCAGGGACAAUGACACGGGACAAUAUUAUUUCUGAUGUGUCUGCCAUGCUAAGCAUGCAACAUUAAACGUGAGACUACAAAGUCUAUACUAGUUUUAUCCUAAGUCAUGGGCAAUAACUCUGGUCAAAUUUGGAUGCCUUCUUUAACUUAAUAUAAGCAUAACUUCCAUUGCUGAAAACAUGUUCAUAUAAAAAAAAACUCAUAUAAUUUAACAACCAGCCUGGGUUGGUUUGAACAUGGCAUAUAAACAAACAAUUGCAAGGGCAUCAUGAGUGUGAAGUUAAUCACAAAUGUAAACAUGACCUGCAUGGUGUAAGGGAGAAAAUGAAUUUUAUCAUGAGUAGCCUACAAUUCAAUGUUUUUAGCAUUGUUUUAUAACUCUCUUUUUUGAUGGAAAAAUAAAUACUACAUUUACUAAA